GUAACUGCGGAUGAGGGGAUCCUGCACGCUUCUGGUGGUGGUGUACCUCCAGUAACAAAGGAUUACUGCGUCAUUUACAAUUCUAAUUGGAUAUCUCUUCCAAAGAGUCUGGACAAUGCUACUUUCAGGACUCUGGAAAACCUGACUUCUACGGUACUCUGCAGUUCUUCUGAAGUUCCUGCUGGCUUAAUGAAGGACAAAGCAGUUGUAGUGUUGAGAGGAAACUGCACUUUUUUGGAGAAAGCAAGGAUUGCACAAAGGUUGGGUGCUAAAAUGCUGUUGAUUGCCAGUAAACCUAGGCUGUCUCCUCUUUCGGAUAACAAGACUGAUUUUGAAGAUGUGACUCUUCCAGUUGCUCUUAUAAGAUAUAAUGACAUUGUAGAUAUGCAGCUGACACUUGGAAAUGAAGUUAAUGUGACUCUGUAUUCACCGCCUUUGCCAGAGUUUGACUGCAGUAUGGUUGUCAUCUUCCUAAUUGCUGUGUUUACAGUGGCACUAGGAGGCUACUGGAGCGGAGUAGCAGAACUUGAGAAUUUGAAAGCGAUAGCAAGUCCUGGGGAGAGAGAAACAAGACGGAAGAAGGAAGAAAAUGUUACUUUCACCCCUGUGACAGUUAUCUUGUUUGUUGUCAUCUGUUGUGUCAUGCUGGUCUUACUUUAUUUCUUUUACAAAUGGCUAGUGUAUGUUAUAAUAUCAGUCUUCUGCUUGGCAUCUGCAAUGAGUCUAUACAACUGUCUUGCGGCAUUAAUAGGAGAAAUACCAUUUGGGCAGUGCAGGAUUGCAUGUUGCAACAAAAACAUUGAAGUGAGGCUUAUUUUUCUUGCUGUAUUCUGCGCAGCAGCAGCUGUUGUCUGGGCAGUGUUUCGAAAUGAAGAUAGGUGGGCUUGGAUUUUGCAAGAUAUUUUGGGAGUUGCUUUCUGCCUAAACUUUAUUAAAACACUGAAAAUGCCCAACUUUAAGUCCUGUGUGAUACUUCUAGGCCUUCUCCUUCUAUAUGAUGUGUUUUUUGUCUUCAUAACACCCUUUAUCACAAAGAAUGGGGCAAGUAUAAUGGUUGAAGUUGCAGCUGGCCCUUUUGGAAAUAGUGAAAAGAAUGAUGGAAACUUGGUGGAAGUCCCUACUGAACGCUCAGCUCCCCAUGAGAAAUUACCCGUGGUUAUUAGAGUGCCUAGACUCGAAUACUCUGCAUCGACACUGUGUGACAUGCCAUUUUCAUUGUUGGGAUUUGGAGACAUUAUUGUCCCAGGGCUUCUGGUUGCCUAUUGUCGAAGAUUUGAUGUUCAAACACGCUCAUCUUCUGUGUACUACAUUUCCUGUACGAUAGCUUAUGCCAUUGGUAUGGUGCUGACUUUCAUUGUUUUGGCAUUAAUGAAGAUGGGACAACCUGCCCUUCUCUAUCUUGUACCAUGUACACUCAUUACUAGCUCAUUUGUUGCUUGGAGGCGCAAAGAGAUGAAGAAGUUUUGGAAAGGAAGCAGCUACCAGGUAUCGGACUCCUCCAGGACGCCUUUGCUACAAGAUGAUGGAACACCUGGAUUAUACAGGAAAUGAAGAAAGCACAGCAUCAGCCAGUGAACAGCCUGGAGGACAAUAACAUGUAGGAUCCUGAUUUAAAAUAGUAUUCAAAUUUUCUACAAAUUAAUUACAGUAAAUUUGGUGAGGUUUUACAGUAGAGUAUUUCCUACUCUGUGUAAAAGGGUUUUUUACUCCCACACCUAUAUUUUUAUGGAAAAUAUUGUUAAUAACAUAAAAAUAAUCAAAAUAGACUUGCAUUUUUACAGCCAAACCAUAGCUAGUAAAACCGUGCCUUAUUUCAAUUUAAAUAAAAGGAUAUUUUCUAUGCAA